AUGCUCUCGCUCCCAUCAUCGCAGACCGCUCGCGGGGACGCUGCUGGCACGGACCCAAAUAACCAGGGCUUCUGGGGCAUGUUGACCCCUCAACGCACCAAAGCCCUCAUCGCUCGCGAGAGCAACGUCGCCGUCCGCGAGGCCGAAGUCGCGCGUCGCGAGGCUGAGAUGCUCGCUGGCGCCCCCGGCGGCGUGGUCGCGUCCCCCAGCCCAGUUAGCUGCCCACCUUGUCCUGCGUUUGUCGAGAAGGUCGCCGAGCCGAUCCAGACCGUCAUCAAGGAAGUCGUGAAGGAGGAGUCGUUGACCCCGCCCGGGUGGUGGGACCAGGCGCGUGUUCGCGCCGAAGACAUCCUCGACCGUGAACUCAAGAUCGCCGAGCGCGAGCGCGAGAUCAGCCGACGCGAGGAGGCGGUCAACAGGCGCGAACACGACGCGUCUCGUCGCGAGAGCUGGAUCAUGGAGCAACUAGUUGCCUUGAACAGCGACGAGCCGGUUGUCGAAGAAGAAUACGUCCAGUACGAGCCAACUAACGCGAGACGGAAACCCAAGGUACCCCCGCCCCCGCCUAUUCAGCGCCGCUCCGAGCUCUGA